AUGAGCUCGCCGACCUCUGUACCGUCCCCUCCUGCAGACUUCGACUUUGAUGUCGAAAGACACUCUACGCCUGACACCUCCCCUCAACCCGGCACAAGUGCUGCACCUUCACCACCGAACAACACCCUUUCAGACUAUAGCUAUGCGAGUAGCGAGGUAGCGGACAGCAUCGCGGAUAAUGAAAGCAUGAAGGAAGAGGACGUGGUGCCAAAAGAAUCUGUCGCCCUGAACGAGACAGAGACUGAGCAGCGUCUUUCGCGUCUUCAAACUGUUCUCCAGCAAUCUGCCAUUUAUUCUCGCAUUCUGAAGGAGCGCAUGGAUGAAGAAAAGGCCAAGCAGCUCGCGCGACAAGCAGAAAAAGCGAAAGCUGGCAAGAAACGCGGUCGUCCCGCCUUGCAGUCAUCUCCCGCAGGCAAACGCAAGAAAGGCGCAGAUGGCCAAGCAGUCGCGACAAGUCAAGAACAGGAGAAUGAUGAGUCUCCAAUUUUCCAGCAACCAUCGCUCGUCACUGGCGCGAAACUGAAGCCUUACCAACUUGAAGGCCUGCAGUGGAUGGUCUCGUUGGAUCAGAAUGGUAUGUCGGGUAUUCUAGCCGACGAGAUGGGACUGGGCAAGACGUUACAAACGAUCUCGUUCAGCGCGUAUUUGAAAGAACACGGCAAUCUCAAGCCCUUUCUUGUAGUCUGCCCGCUUAGUGUGCUUCACAAUUGGCACGACGAGUACAAAAAAUUUGCGCCCGAGAUUCCCGUGGUUAUCUACCAUGGUACGCCCGAGGAGCGUGCUGAACUCAGGCGAACUGUCAUGGCUCUCCCUGGGAGGCGCCCCAAGGCAAAGGCGCCCCGAAAGGCACCGGCGAAGCGCAAGCCCGGACGGCCCCCGAAGGCCAAAGCAGCAGUGGAUGAACCGACUGGACGGAGAAAAAGUGGCAGGCCGAAGAAGGCGGUAGCUCGUUACGUCGAAUCUGACGACGACGACGAUGAGAAGGGCAAGAGCACGGAGGCGGAGCAAAGCAUGAAUGUCGACGAAGAGGCGCCCGAGCCAGAGAAGGAUUACACGAUGGCCUUCCCUGUCGUUCUCACUACAUAUGAGAUGAUCAUCAAGGACCGCAUGCACCUUCAACAUUACAACUGGGGUUACAUCGUCGUUGAUGAGGGCCAUCGGCUGAAGAACAUGGACUGCAGGCUCAUGAAGGAGAUCAAGAAGUACUCGAGCGCCGGGCGUAUGAUUCUAACUGGUACACCUCUUCAUAACAAUCUCGCCGAACUCUGGUCUCUUCUUAACUUCAUCCUUCCUGACAUUUUCAACGACAUUGAUACCUUCCAAGAGUGGUUCAAUCUACCCGAACUCCAAUCCGCUUUGCCUACAUCACAGUCAUCACAAAUUAUCUCCACACUGCAUGCUAUCCUCAAGCCUUUCCUCCUUCGUCGGCUCAAGGUCGACGUCGAGAUGAGCUUACCGCCGAAGAAAGAGUACGUUCUGUACGCACCCUUAUCUGUCAGGCAGCGAGAGGCCUACGAUCGUGUUCUGGACGGUGGGCUCAGGCGGUGGCUGAUCCAAGGUGGAACUGGGUCUGCUGAGACCCAGAAAGUCGUCGAGGAAACGCCAGAAGAGCCUGCCAAAGAGGAGGAAGAGGAAGAGGAAGAGAAAAACGAGAGGCGGGUGUCGAGAAGGCUGAAGAAACACGGUCGGAAGAGUUAUGACGUUGACGGCGAUGAUGAUGAGUACUUUGACAUGCUGGAGAGUGACAAGGUCGACGAACGCGGCGUCAGAACUGUAAAGACCAAAGAGGAGGAAGAAGCCGAGGAGGCAAAGAUUGGUCGAGAACACCAGAUGCGAACGAAGACGAAGCAAGUCAACAACAUGAAGCUACAGAACACCGUCAUGCAGCUGCGCAAAGUCUGCUCACAUCCCUUCCUGUUCGACUGGCCCAUCGACCCUCAAACGAUGGAACCCAUCCUAGGCGAGGAACUCGUUAACGCCAGCGGAAAGAUGAUGAUCCUCGAUCGUCUCCUCCGCGAGCUCUUCAAGCGUGGCCAUAAAGUUCUGCUUUUCAGCCAGUUCACGACAAUGUUGGAUAUCAUUGAGGAUUGGGCUGUCGACUUCAUGAAAUGGAAUAUUUGCCGUAUAGACGGCAAAUCGGCACCACUUGAACGGCGAGAGCAGAUGAACAGGUUCCAGACUGGCGGCGAUGACCCAAGUGCACCUCGGCUCUUCCUGCUGAGUACGCGUGCCGGAGGGUUGGGUAUCAACCUCGUCGCAGCCGAUACGGUCAUCUUCUACGACCAAGAUUGGAAUCCUCAAAUGGACGCACAGGCCCAGGACAGAGCUCAUCGUAUCGGCCAAAAGAGGCCUGUCUUAAUAUUCCGGCUCGUCAGCGCACAUACAGUCGAGACAAAGAUCAUGCAGCGUGCUGGAGAGAAGAGGAAGUUGGAGGCGCUCGUCAUCGCGAAAGGCAAAUUCAAGAUGCCAGCUGUCGACGCUAGCACGUCGAAGCGCGAGACGAUAGCCGAGCUGGCAGCCUCCCUCCUUCGCUUGGAAGGAGAGAAGAUUGAGGUCGUGCCCGACACGAAAGAAGGGAAACAGAGCGUUCUGAGCGACGAGGAUCUGGAUCUUCUCCUCGACCGUAGCCCUGAAGUCUUCGCUGAGCGCGCCGAUGGUUGGACUGGUGGCGCUAGUGCAGCCACUUCCGGGACAAGCAGCGCUAAGGGGAAGCUGGAUGGAGGAGUGGACCACGCAGCUAUGGGAGCGGGCAAGAAGGCGGCAUUUGCUGUGUAUCAGGCGCCUGUUGAGGAGGGUAGCGACGCCCUUGCAAAGAUGAUGGGAGAAGAUGGUGAGGACUCCUAG